AUGAAAGCGAAGAGGAAGAUGAAAGCGAAGAGGAAGAUGAAAGCGAAGAGGAAGAUGAAAGCGAAGAGGAAGAUGAAAGCGAAGAGGAAGAUGAAAGCGAAGAGGAAGAUGAAGAAGAAGAUAGAGAGGAUGAAGAGUGAUGAAGAAGGUGUCGAGGGCGGCGCCUGUCGUUUUUUAGGGGAGCGCAUGGACCAGGGUCCAACGGUGCUAAUCGCACUUAACACGGAAUGGGAAGGAGGAGAGCUUAUGUUGAGGCAUCAAGGCAUUGAGACAAUUGUCGACAUGCAUCCAAAAAAGUUUGAUGACGAGAUCCGUCCAGUUGUGGUUGCAUUCUACACCGACAUAGAGCACAAAGUCAUGCCCAUGACCAAGGGCACACGACUGGUACUCCAGUAUGACGUCAAAGUCAUCGAGAAACCGCCUGAAGAUGGGGUGAACUUGCCUAGUUACAUUCCCUUGAAAAAGGCUGUUCAUCAUCACCAGCACAUUGCAUCCCACAUCAACACUCAUCCCAACUUGGACCAGAAGUUGGCAAGCAUUAAGAAGGAAUACCUCAAGGGAACUGACUCGGCACUUUUCGAUGCUCUCGAGAACCAUUUCAACGUUGUCCUCCAUCCUAUUCUUAUCCGCGCUGUUGAAGAUGGCAAUGAGUGUGACUCUCAGGAGCAGUUCUUUGAACACAAAUAUAAACCAUCUGAGGGGAAUGAAGGGGAUCCUUCUCAUGCUAAUAGAAAGCGAGGUGGAGUUUUCACAAACGCUUCGUUUUAUCUUCCACGGGCCUCUGCAAUUCUACAGCUUUCAUUGCCAAACAGGGUGUACCAUGGUAACGAUGCAGAGACCAGUGGCGAGGCAAGGUAUUAUGGCGCCGGCAUGUUUGUGGAACCAAAAAGCGAGGAGUAA